GCGAGAUCAAGGAGUGUCGCAACUCUCUCUAUCUACGGCUCUGCUGCGCAGCAAGCUCGAAAAGCGUCACAUCCGUUUCAAGAUGGCAGCGACCUUGUGUGGCAGGAUUCUUCCAAGAACAGGAUGUUUGCCAUUGGUUCAGAGUGUGCGUCAUGGCUCUAAGGCAGUAACCCGGCACAGAAAGCCCAUGCACUUUCUCAAACAGAAGUUAAUGGCUGUUACUGAAUACAUUCCACCUAAACCUGCUUAUCCUCCUGGAGCUCUGACUCCUCGAGUUAGGAAAACAGAAGAGGAAAGUGGCAUGGUGAGGAUGUUAAAGAGAGACCUGGAAAAUGUCUUCCAGGAGAAUAAGAUGAUUGCUGUGCUGCAAAAUAAUGCCACCAACGCUGAGGACAUGCUGCUGCUCAAGCACCGACUUCGAAAACACAACAUCACCGUCAAAUUUUUUCCCAACCAAGUGAUGAGAUCAUUUCUGCCUGGUAGCCAGUAUUGUAACAUGCUGCCUCUGUUCAUUGGACAAACAGUUUUGUUUGUCAGUAAAGAGCCAAAAGUAAAAGAAAUGUUACAAGUGUUAAGAAGAAUGCCUCAGGUGGUCCUCUUAGGAGCCUGUAUAGAAAACACGCUUCUCUCCCGAGAAGGAAUCGUUGGCUACUCCAAGCUGCCGUCCAUAAGAACAGCCCAUGGUGAGCUGGUUGGAGGUUUGACCCUGAUGGCCUCUCAUACUGUGUCCAUGCUACAGAAACACCCUGCGCACCUCUCUGCUCUCCUUCAGCAGUACGUCAAACAGCAGCAGUCUCCGGAAGCAGUACAGCAGGAGACGGCACCCAAAACAGAGGAUGCCACAGCACAGGGUUAAAAAAAUGUAUCAAAAAUACGAGCAUAGACUCUGAUGAGGACACUGAUGCUCAUUUCACAUUACAUGAAUUUCUGGACUGAUCUGUGUAACAAUUGAUUGUUAAGAUGUAAUUGAUCCGUUAUGACCUGCAUUCAUUUUCACCUUGUUUCUUUCUCAUGCAAAAUAAAAUAUUUAACUAAUCA